AUGCCAAAAAUCAACCAUAAAAUGAAACAGCCUUAUCCUUCAUUCACUUUGCUAACACCAUGGCUUCAACAUUCCUCUCAUAUCCUGCACCUCAUCUUCUACACAAUAAUCACUUUCAAACCAAAAAGCACUUCUCCAUAAAAUGCACAUCUUCACUAAACUCAUCUUCUUCUGACUCAGAAUUUCCCACACCAGACCCUACAAACACCACAAUGAACAGUCCAGAAACAUUUCCACUAGAGAAAAGAAGAAGAUCAGAUAUAGUAAGACAAAGAAGGCCGACCGACGUAGCGAAAGCCGAGCCACCGAACUUCGAAAUCGGUUGGAAGAGGACAAAAGAGAUUAACAAUGAGAAGCCAGUAGGGUUUGUGGUGGCUGACUUUUUGGAGAAGUUGGAGGAGCUUAUGAUGAGGAACGAUUAUGGUUCAACAGAACUGUUGGCAAAAGUUGGCGAGAUUGUUGCUGAAAGGGCGAGAGAAGAAGCAGAAUUUUUGAAAGAUGAAGGGAAAGUUGAAGAGAGAAUGGUUGUUGAACUUUUUAGAGUUUUGAAGUUGAUGGAAAUGGAUUUGGCUAUGGUGAAAGCUGCUGUUAAGGAGGAUACUUUGAGUGAGAGGCUUGAUCAAGCUAAGGCUAGGUGCAGGCAAGCUAUACUUGUUGCUUAUUCCUUUUGAAUUCAAUGUACUACAAUGUUGAGAUAACAAGAUGGAAUUACUAAUCAGUAUUGUUUUGUUUUAGUGACUCUUUGAUAUGUUUCAAUAAUCAUAAGAUUUUUUUGACAUUGUGGUUUCCUUCAAAGGAAUAUGCAUUUAAGAUUUUUUAAUAUUCCCCGUCUCAAAAAAUGAUAUAUAUACUAGUAUGGUUUAUACCCUUUAUUUUCCUUAUUAUAA